GUGCGGCAGCACAAAAAAAGAACGAAAGUCGGAAAACGGAAAAACUUUGAUGGUGGCGUAGAAAGUUGAUUCUCGCGUGCAAAAGACAAUUUUAAUUUGAAAAUUAGCGGUGUUAAUUGUGCACCAUAGCAGACGAAUUGAGUGCGAUUUGAUUUUGCAUUAGAAGAAUAUUCUAUUUUGAACACCGAUUGGCCUGUGCGUCUAUAAUUGGUAACGAAAAUCGGGAUGCGACGUAAAACGGCCGAUAAAGUCAAAACUUCACCGGAGAAGGCUUCGAGACGUACAUCCCGUCGUGGGAGGAAAUCUCCGGAGAAGGAUGAAACCGCAGAGAAUGAGAGGAACGAAGAAGGAGAUGAGGAGCAACCUGCUGCGGUCGUAGCCGGACAGCUAUCGACGACGAAAUCCGACGAUAGCGAAUCGGAUCACGAAGAAGAAGAAACCAAUAGGCGCAGCCGCCGUCGAAGUACUCGGGCCAAGGUUUCUGAAGAAAAAACCGUAACUAGGGUCAGGAGAAGUUCGCGACGCAAAUCGUUGUCCGUGGAGCCAUCCGAUAAAGAGGAAAGCGAACGUGAGGAGAAUGGCGACCAUGAUCAGAAGGAAACAACUGUCAUGGAAACAAUUGAAGAGGAAAAAAUCGAAGAAGCACCGGAAGCGGCUAUGGUAGAAACCGAAUCGGAAACGGUAGAGGAAAAGCCGGUUGAAGAAGUUUCUUUACAUGAGUCGCAUGAGGAUGAUAAUUCAGCAGAGCCGGUAGGUAAUAACGAUAAUGGUCCUGACAAUGAGGAUAUUAAUGAGGAGAAUAAUGUGGAAAAUAAAGCGGAAAAUAAUACGUCUGCUCGAGAUGAUGAAGAAGAAUCAAAUGAUGUUGACGAGGAACCAAGUAAAGAGCUGACUCCUCAAGAGGUACAGGUUGACGUUCAUGAUCAAUCGCGAGAGUCGGGUGAGGUGGAUUCUGAGAGUGUUCAGGAAGACGAAAGUCUACCGCCAACCUUCGAACCGGAGAAACCGACCGAAGAAGCUUCCCCUGAGAAGGAAGCUUCCGAGGACGUUUCUCCGGCCGAGACGGUUGAGAAACCUACGGAAUUGCCAAAACCGCCAAGAAAGUCACGUUUCAGAUCUCGCAGUAAAUCCCCCAAACCAGUAGAAGUCAUCGAAACCAAUGAAACCGAACAGGAAGAGGCUAACGAUAAAAGCAAUGAUGAUUUAGAGGCUGGGGAAAUAAGGGACGAUCCUGUUGUCAGAACGAGCCCCGAGAAAAAACCAGUGGAACCUGUGCGACGAACUUUGCAGAAAAAACGUCGCUGGAUAUCGUCGAAAACGGACACCAAGUCUUCGGUCAUUACUAUUUCUACAGAUUCACUCAAAAAUAUCAUCUCUGAACCGGUUAAACCCGUUCCACUUUCAGAAGCUAAGCUGGAAUCUUCUCCGGAACCGGAGGAAAUUGUCGACAGCACUGAAGAACGAUCGGCUGCUAACCUCGAACGGCGGCGUUCUAAGGAUGUUAUUUCAAAAUCAUCAGAAAAGGAAAACUUCGACAACGGAUCCGCAUUAGCGGAAGAAUACAAACCGAAACCAGCGGACAAACUGAACCCGGGAACGGUUCGUAAGAUUAGUAUUGUCAGUGACGAUGGUAAUAAUCCGGUGGUUCGGCCACCGAGCCCCGCCAAGCACCAUUCCAGCAAUAUUUUGUACAUUAGCAAUCUGGUUCGCCCGUUCACGGUGAUGCAGCUCAAAGGACUGCUGGCUCGAACCGGUAAAAUUGUGGAGAAUGGUUUUUGGAUAGACAAAAUCAAAUCCAAGUGCUACGUCAAGUACGAAACGGAGGAUGAAGCGGUUGAAACACGACAUGCGUUGCAUGGUGUCCGAUGGCCAACAUCUAAUCCCAAAUGUCUCAAUGUAGACUUCGGUUCCGAAGCGGGAAUGGAGAAGGCCAUUAUUUCUACACUUGACGAUGCGGGAACCACUCGCAUAACCAUCGAGAACACUAAAGAUGCACGAGAGUUUGGAUGGAGUCGUGAUUUGAAAUCAGAAGAGGAAACUCACGUGAAUCGACCGGUUCGCGAAUGGGAUCUCGGUAAGAAAGACGCUUUCGAGCAUGAUCGAGACCGGCCGGAUAGGGAGAGAGAACGUGGUGAUCGGGAACGUGACAGAGAACGGGAGCGGGAAAAAGAGAGGGAACGCGAUCGUGGAGGCAGAAGACGCUCGGCCGAGCGGGACUACGGUAGGGAUCGGGAUCGCGAAAGGAGACGUAAUAGUACCAGUCUAUCACCCGCGAGAAAAUUCAAGAAGAAGGAAAACGAACAACCUAUUAGAUUGUUGGAUGAUCUUUUCAGAAAAACCAAAACUACUCCUUGCAUCUACUGGCUACCCUUAACUGCGGAACAGAUAGCUGCCAAGGAAGAACAUCGCCGUAAAGAGCAAGCGGAUAACCAACGUCGGCAGGAAGAAUUGCGCAAACAGGACGAGGAACGCCGCAAAGAAAGGGAAGCCCGCCGUGAACGUGAACAACGUCGCGAUCAAGGACGACCGCGCUCAAAUUCACGUGACCGUCGCCCUAGGCGGUCGCGAUCUCGUGAUGACGGUCGAAGGCGUCAUAGAUAAAAACAUUAACCUUGGCCGCCGUGCUCUAACAUGUCUGAAACGAAGAUAAUUCGCCGGAUAGGAACCGUACAGGAGCACACGCGCUUUGUGGUCUGGUUGACGAGGCAGAUGUAUGCGUGUGUUCUAGUGAGAUAAACACCUUUUCGGAAAACCAGCGACGAAAACAAAUAGGGUCUGUGUGGAAAGUUGUAUUGUAUUUUUAACUAUAACUCCUCUUCACAUUUUAGUUUUUUCCCUAUCCAGUUUUCCAGUUUUGUGUUUUUUCCUUUUUUUUCAUCAAUUGUAGCCUUGUUUAAAAAUUUUCAGCAAUAAUUUAUGCUGUAUUUUUUGUACAGCAAAUUCGUGAAAAAAUUUAUCUCUUCUCUAAUGUAACCAAAAUAAUUCAAAGGAUUUCCAUUAUUUUGGCGAAAUGAUUUUCAUUGUGGGAAACAUUUUGUCAUAAACUUCAAACUUCAACAGCUAAUUUACUAAUAUUUUAUUCAUUGAAAAAGCUAUUCUUGCAUAAAAGAAUUCAUUAAAUUACAUAUAGAUAGAUUUAGUACUCGAUAAACUCAGCAUAAGCAGAAAUAAAUAGUCGAGCAGAUCGUCUACCACCCGACAGGAAUCCGAAUCUCUAGUGCAACAGGACGAUUAGAGGCAAUGGGAAACACCAACAUACACAGCCAGAGAAUUGUAGGCAGAUGAUUCAGGGAAAAACCUUAUUUCAUCACUACCAAAACGAGACCAACGUGUAACUGAUUGAGAUAAAAAUCAAUAAGCAACCUUCUCUUCUGUGUAUUAUAUAUCUUCAUCAGAAGCUGAACUACUUCCGGUUCCGGUACCGCAUCGCGAAGCAUUGCUACACCUAAUAUGGAAUCGCGAGGAUGAGGCAAAAGUUCAUCAACACCUAUCCAUGCUACGAUAUGCUAAUCUGGAAAUAACGAACGCAGCCUUCGUUAAAUAGAGAAGAAAAAACGUAGACUACCAAAAUUCAUCAACAAUAUAUGCACACAUGUGUGCUAAAUUUAGCUACCCAUCGGAUGCCGUUACAAGCAAGUCAUCGUGUGUUGGAAGUCUAAUCUUCUUGAUUUCCCGAAAGUCUACAACUGGGAUGGAUUCCUAUAUGAAGCUACCGACAAACAAAUUUUCUGCUAUUCUACCAUCAAAAAUCAACCCUGCAAAUGGAUCCAAUCAAAGUGUGUGGAACAACGCUGAGAAGCGUUUUGUGUUUUCAUCAAAAAGUCAGCAAACAUCACCCGAAAUGCUGUGAACCUUUUGAUUUACCUAACAGUUAAUACACACUGAUUGUCUCUUAAGCUACAUAGCACUAGCGCGUAGCGUAUGGUGCGAUUUUCACUAAAAUUACUAUUGGAUUGGAUUGUGUAAAUGUAGCACCCAACAUUAAUGAUAUGCGCAAGAACAGUUGAAUGACAAAAUUGGUACGAUUAUAUGGUGAAACCUAUUGAAGUAGAAAGCGUUGGGUCAGAAACCUCUAGCGUUUAAUAUAUUGUAAGCAGCAUGUCAACUACACUUGAUUACUACAAAGAUAAAUAUUAAAGUCUCAGAA